AUGGCCACUGAGAGCUUUGGAUUCCAGGCAGAGAUCAGUCAACUGCUUGACUUGAUCAUCAACACCUUCUACUCCAACAAGGAGAUCUUCCUUCGGGAGUUGAUUUCCAACGCCUCUGAUGCGCUUGACAAAAUCCGCUACGCAUCGUUGACAGAUCCCUCUGUCCUCGACUCCGGCAAGGAGCUUUACAUCCGAAUCAUUCCUGAUAAGGAGAACAGGAUACUCUCCAUCCGUGAUACCGGUAUCGGUAUGACGAAGGCAGAUCUCGUCAAUAACCUUGGUACCAUCGCCAAGUCCGGCACCAAGGCGAGUUCGAGUACCGGCUUCAUGGAGGCCCUGAGCUCUGGCGCCGACAUCUCUAUGAUCGGUCAAUUCGGUGUCGGUUUCUACUCUGCAUAUCUCGUCGCAGAGCGUGUUCAGUUCAUCUCCAAACACAACGAUGACGAGCAGUACAUCUGGGAGUCCUCCGCCGGUGGUACUUUCACCAUCACCGCCGACACCGUGAACCCUCCCCUAGGCCGCGGUUCCGAAGUUCGUCUCUACCUCAAGGAAGAUCAAGCGGAGUACCUUGAGGAGAAGAGGAUCAAGGAUAUCGUCAAGAAGCACUCUGAAUUCAUUUCGUACCCUAUUCAGCUUGCUGUGGUGAAGGAAGUUGAAAAGUCGAAGAUGAGGAGAUGGAGGCCUGAGGAAGAGAAGAAAGAUGAGUCCAAGAUCGAGGAGGUCGACGAAGAUGAGGACAAGGCCAAAGACAAGAAGAAGAAGACGAUCAAGGAGAAACAGGUUACCAACGAAGAAUUGAACAAGACGAAACCCAUCUGGACACGCAACCCUUCGGAUAUCACGCAGGAGGAGUAUUCUGCCUUCUACAAGUCGCUCACCAACGACUGGGAAGACCACCUCGCAGUCAAGCACUUCUCCGUCGAGGGUCAGCUCGAAUUCAAAGCUAUCCUCUUCGUUCCAAAGAGGGCUCCCUUCGAUCUCUUUGAGUCGAAGAAGAAGCGCAACAACAUCAAGCUUUACGUUCGCCGUGUCUUCAUCAUGGAUGAUUGCGAGGAGCUCAUUCCCGAGUACCUCAACUUCAUCAAGGGCAUUGUCGACUCUGAGGACCUUCCCCUAAACAUCUCGCGUGAAACCCUUCAGCAGAACAAGAUUCUGAAGGUCAUCCGUAAGAAUAUCGUGAAGAAGUGCAUGGACGUCUUCAGCGAGAUCGCCGAAGACAAGGACAACUUCAACAAAUUCUACGAGGCGUUCGGAAAGAACAUUAAGCUUGGUAUUCACGAGGACUCUCAGAACCGCAGCAAGCUCGCUGAAUUCUUGCGCUUCUACUCUACUAAGUCUUCCGAAGAGAUGACCUCCCUCAAGGACUACAUCACUCGCAUGCCUGAGAUCCAGAAGUCCAUCUACUACCUUACUGGAGAAUCCCUGGCAGCUGUGAAGGAAUCCCCCUUCUUGGAGGUACUUAAGAAGAAGGGCUUCGAAGUUCUUCUCCUCGUGGACCCUAUCGAUGAAUACGCAAUUACUCAACUGAAGGAGUUUGAGGGGAAGAAACUCGUUUGCGUUUCGAAGGAGGGUCUCGAGCUGGAGGAGACCGAGGAGGAAAAACAGGCACGCGAGGAAGAGGCGAAGCAAUUCAGCGACUUGUGCUCUAUGAUGAAGGAGACGCUUGGCGACAAAGUGGAGAAAGUUGUUGUUUCCAACCGUAUUUCGGACUCGCCUUGCGUUCUUGUCACUGGUCAAUUUGGCUGGUCAUCUAACAUGGAGCGUAUCAUGAAGGCACAGGCUCUUCGCGAUUCAUCGAUGUCGUCCUACAUGGCAUCCAAGAAGACGCUGGAGCUCAACCCCCACAAUGCUAUUGUGCGGGAGCUCAAGCGCAAGGUCGCAGAGGACAAGGCUGACAAGUCUGUGCGCGACUUGACGUACCUGCUGUUCGAGACAGCUCUCCUUACCUCGGGCUUUUCGCUUGAGGACCCGUCGUCGUUCUCGAAGCGUAUCCACCGCAUGAUUAGCUUGGGUCUCGAUGUUGGUGAGGAGGAGUCAGCAGAACCAACCUCGGCUGCACCACCACCACCAGCAGAGGCCUCGACGUCGGCGAUGGAGGAGAUUGACUAG